AUGACUACGAACGACACGGAAUGCAGACAAUCGAUCAUACCGCACGCGCUCGACGAUCUCUCGAAUACACAACGACUAGAGAGAGAAGAUUCAUGGACACCAGAUGACUCUUCAGAUAUAUCGGACAUUGACGGCGCCACCCAACUGCGAGCCACAACAGGAACCGAUACCGCCGGCAACAGGAGUGGGAACACGACUGCAAUACCCUCUGACGGCAGCGAGGAUGGGACGUAUGAUGACAGGGACCAGGACAAAUACAAGAAGAAAGAGAGCAUCCAGGUCUUGAUUGACAGCCCGGGCAAAAAGACCCAGCACAGACUCACAGCAGAGGAUUUUCGAGAAAUUGUGCGGUCUGGCAUGCAGAAGGAGGUAGAGAAGCUCAGCGGAAAGUCCAAGGCCAGACUCCGGGACUUGGUUUUUACCCGUCAAUUCACGACCUUUGACCGCCAGAACCCCAGCGCAUCGCAAUCGCCCUUCCACGGGUUCUUCACUCUGUUCUGGAUUGCCAUGGCACUGCUGCUCACUCGGAUCGCAGCUUGGAACUACAAGGAGCAAGGAUCGGUGUUUGGCAACGCAGAGAUACUACACUUGAUGGUAGAUCGGGAUCUAUUUGUACUCUUGGCAACAGAUGCAACAAUGUGCGCUGCCACCAGCUUUGGUUUCUUCCUACACAAGGCCAUCGCUGCGAAUUACCUCUCAUGGAGUGGUUCUGGCUGGAUAAUACAGAGUGUGUGGCAGGCAUUCUUCACCGGCUUCGUUAUCUUCUGGACCUUCUGGCGAGAGUGGCCUUGGACACAUACCGUCUUCAUCGUCCUGCAUGUCUUUGUGCUGCUUAUGAAGCAACAUGCGUAUUCCUUCUACAAUGGUUAUCUCUCCCGUGUAUAUUGUAGGCGUAAUCUGCUCGAUCAGAAGAUUCGCCAGCUCGACGAUCUGGACGCUCACCAAGGCCCCUCGCCUACAUCGCCUAGUACAGAGACGUUGGCAGCAACCGGUAUCGACCAUAAUGAUAACAACGAUAUGUCAUGUCGCAAAAGCCGCGGACCAAAAUUUUCGACUGAUUUCUCGACAGAAGAGUCCCAAAUCGCAUCCAUUGGACAAGCAAUCGAAACCAGCGAACCUCUCGAUGCCGAACAGAUCUCCACUUUCCGUCGUAUCCUCACGACUGAAGUGACUGUUCUUGACGAAGAGCUUCGCGGCAAAUGCACGACGACUGACAACAUGUACCCCAACAACCUUACUUCAUACAACUUCAUCGAAUGGACGUGUCUGCCCACACUAGUCUACGAUCUUGAGUACCCUCGCCAGGAGCGCAUCAACUGGUGGUACGUGGCCGAGAAAACAGCCGCUACGCUGGGAGUCAUCUGGAUCAUGAUCGUCAUCUCACAAGCCUACAUCUACCCCGUUGUAGUUGAGACCACACGACAGAAAGAGGCAGGCAUGUCGCUCGACGAGCGCUGGAAAGAAUUUCCUUGGGUCGUAAGCGACAUGCUGUUCCCCAUGCUGCUUGAACAACUCCUCUCGUGGUACGUCAUCUGGGAGUGCCUCCUCAACGUGCUGGCCGAAAUCACGCGCUUUGCCGACCGUGGCUUCUACGGCGCUUGGUGGAAUAGCGUGAGUUUUGAUCAAUAUGCACGCGACUGGAAUCGGCCAGUUCACAACUUCUUGCUGCGCCAUGUCUACCAUUCAUCCAUCUCCUUCUUCCAUCUCUCUAAGAUGCAAGCCACUUUUUUCACUUUCCUGCUUAGCGCUGUUGUGCAUGAGAUACUCAUGUUCUGCAUCUUCCACAAGGUCAGAGGAUACCUUUUUACAUUCCAGUUGACGCAGCUUCCGCUCGCGGCGUUCAUGAAGACUCGGUGGAUGAAAGGGAGGCAUACUCUGGGCAACGUGAUCUUCUGGUUUGGACUGUUCAUCGGGCCCAGCGUAAUCACAAGCCUGUACUUGAUUGUUUGA